CUGACCAGAAGAGGGUGCAGAGGAUCAUCGAGGGCGAGCUGACGUCCCGAACUGAUGCUGCCUGUCUUCUCUCCGCUUCGGGCUUGAAAAACCGCUGAGCCGUCGACAGCAGGCUUCCGUCGCACAUGAAACAAUCUGCCCCCACACUGGAAAAGUCGAGGAAAAAAGCAGACAGAGCUGUAAAUGUAUCGACAGCAGAUAGCUCAGUAUGAAGAAGUCAGUCCGGCCUGCGGUGAGUAAGGCGAGUGUCGAUCGAGGGAAGGCCGAGGCUGCUGGGAACGCCGGCACCGGAAAGCCUGGAGGCAAAAGUAAUAGUUCUGCACCUUUGUCCAAGGUGAAAAGCAAUGAUGAUCUUUUAGCAGGAAUGGCUGGAGGGAAUCUUUCGUCAAGUAGUGCUGUCCCCAAAACCAGGAGAACUGCCUCAGUUGGGACCACUACUAGCACCCUCGACAGCAAACAGAAAACAACAUCAGGUACUUCAACCAAGCGUAUGACAUCAUCAACUGCAAAAGAGCCAAAUUCUACACGAGACCGUCUUCGGACAUCGAGGACGUCGGCUAAUAAGAAGCAGCUGGUCUCAGGGACACCGGCAGGCGAUGCAUCCUCAGGGAAGCGCUUUCGCAAUCAGAUCCUGACAGAGUCUGACAGCCGUAUGAGCAAGUCCAAGUCAGAUGGCCAGAUUAGCGAUAAGGUGGCCCUGGAGGCAAAAGUCAAAGACCUGCUUGGUCUCGCUAAAAGCAAAGAUGUGGAGAUUCUACACCUUCGCAGUGAACUCCGAGACAUGAGAGUCCAGCUUGGCAUGGAUGGAAAGGAUUUGCAAUCGCAGCAAGAAGCGGAGGAGGAAGAGAAGCCACAGGUGUCGGCCAUUACAGCGGCAGACGUGGAGUCCACUCUGCUGCUCUUGCAAGAGCAGAACCAAGCCAUAAGAGGGGAGCUGAACUUGCUGAAGAGUGAGAAUCGCAUGCUCAAGGACCGUCUUAACGCCUUAGGCUUCUCUCUGGAGCAGAGGCUAGAUGGUUCCGACAAGGUCUUCAGCUACUCCUCUCUGAGUCCAGACUUGGCAGCCAGCAGUGGACAGAGUGAGGGCGGAGCCACGGUGACCUCCUCGGUGGCGGGCUCCGCUCCAGGCUCCCUGGAGGACCUCCUCACCGGGCACCAGCAUGGCGGCUCAGCAGACAAUCUUGACAGUGAAUCCAGCGAGGUGUAUCAGGCCGUCACCUCCAGUGACGACGCUCUGGACGCCCCGUCCGGAGCCUCGUCCUCGUCAGAAUCUGAGUGCGUUCCCAGCCGAGAACGCUCGCGGAGAGGCAGCAGUGGCAACGCCAGCGAGGUGUCGGUGGCGUGUCUGACAGAGCGCAUCCAUCAGAUGGAGGAGAACCAGCACAGCACCGCUGAGGAGCUGCAGGCCACGUUGCAGGAACUGGCUGAUCUGCAACAGAUCACGCAGGAGCUGAACGGGGAGAACGAACGGCUCGGCGAGGAAAAAGUCAUCCUCAUGGACUCUUUGUGCCAGCAGAGCGACAAGCUGGAGCUCUACGGACGUCAGAUUGAAUACCUGCGCUGUCUGCUCGAAGAGCAUCACAUUUCCUACGUGCUCGAGGAGGACAUCAAGAGCGGUCGCUAUUUGGAGCUGGAGCAGCGCUACGGCGACCUGUCCGAUAACGCCCGCUUCGAAAGAGAGCAACUGCUGGGCGUGCAACAGCACCUGUCCAACACGUUGAAGAUGGCGGAGCAGGACAACGCCGAGGCCCAGGACGUGAUCGCGGCACUGAAGGAGAGAAACCACCAAAUGGAGCGCAUCCUGGAGUCUGAGAGACAGGAUCAUGCAGCCGUAGCGGCCGCGCUCGAUGAGUACAGAGCGGCGGUCAGCAGUGACCAGGCGGAGCUGAGCCGCUGCAGAGCCCAGCUGGACCAGGAGAGGCAAAGGGUAGCCGAGCUGUACUCGCUCCAUACGGCGGGCGACAGAAAUGACAUAUGUCAGCUUUUGGAGGGUGUGCGACAGGAGAAGGAGGAGGCUGAGGCCCAGGCCGCUAAGUCACAGGAGGACUUGAAGCAAGCUCACAGUGACCUUACGAGACUGCAGGAGACGCUCAGUAAGCUUGAUAGGGAAUAUAGAGACUUUCAGCAGCAGGUGCAGCAGCAAAUGGCUGAGCAAGAUCGCAUGCUGGAGAAGCAGCGCAUGGAGCUGCAGGAGAAAGAGACGGAGAUUGUGGACAUGAAGGAAACCAUCUUUGAGCUGGAGGAUGAGGUGGAGCAGCACCGAGCUCUGAAACUACACGACAACCUCAUAAUCACAGACCUUGAGAACUCUGUAAAGAAGCUGCAGGACCAGAAACACGAUAUGGAGCGAGAGAUAAAGAUCCUUCAUCGCAGACUCAGGGAGGAGUCGAUGGAGUGGCGUCAGUUCCAAGCAGACCUGCAAACGGCUGUGGUCAUUGCUAAUGAUAUCAAGUCCGAAGCGCAGGAGGAGAUCGGAGACCUUCGGCGCCGGCUGCAGGAAGCCCAGGAGAAGAACGAAAAGCUGAGCAAAGAGCUGGAUGAGGUCAAGAGCCGCAAGCAGGAUGAGGAGAGAGGCCGAGUGUAUAACUACAUGAACGCAGUGGAGAGGGACCUGGCUGCACUCAGACAGGGGAUGGGCCUCAGUCGUCGAUCUUCCACCUCCUCUGAGCCUUCGCCUACUGUCAAAACACUUAUCAAGAGCUUUGACAGUGCCUCACAAGCGUUGCCACCUUCCAGUGUUGCCGCUGUGGCUCCGACAGCUACUGCCGCCCCAAUACCACGCACCCCUCUCAGUCCCAGUCCCAUGAAGACGCCCCCAGCAGCUGCUGUAUCACCCAUACAGAGGCAUUCGGCGUCCACAUCUCUGUCGGCAGUCAAGCCAAUCUCCUCCCUGAGUGACAAGAGGAGCAGCUACUCGGACAUUUCGAUGCCACCGGAGCAUCUUCUCAGGGGAGCCCCAGCCAGUCGGCCCUCAUCCGUUCUCCAGAGGGUCUCCAAUACUGAUUCCACCAAGACCAUAUCGAUGUCCCGCCGCAGUAGCGAAGAGAUUAAGAGGGACAUGUCCACCCAAGAUGGGACGUCCUCGUCCUCACUGAUGGCCAUGAGUGUUACAUCCUCCCCACUCUCUCUCUCGUCCUCCUCACCCACCGCCUCCAUCACCCCAACAGCACGGAGCCGGCUAAGAGAGGAGCGAAAGGACCCACUGUCAGCGCUGGCCAGAGAGUAUGGCGGCUCCAAAAGAAAUGCCCUGCUGAAGUGGUGCCAGAAGAAAACUGAGGGUUAUCAGAACAUUGACAUCACUAACUUCAGCAGUAGCUGGAACGAUGGUCUAGCGUUUUGUGCCGUGCUCCACACCUACUUGCCCGCCCACAUCCCGUAUCAAGAACUCACCAGCCAAGACAAGAGGAGGAACUUCACCUUGGCGUUCCAGGCUGCAGAGAGCGUCGGCAUCAAAUGCACUUUGGACAUCAACGAGAUGGCGCACACGGAGCGGCCAGACUGGCAGAGCGUCAUGACGUACGUCACAGCUAUCUACAAAUACUUUGAGACCUGACUUCCUGCACGCUGCCGCAGCCUCGCCACCUUGACGUCACAACUAUACCUCACUGGAGUACCACUCACACACUCACACACACACACACACACACACACACGUGAAGAUCCUUAAAGUGCGGUGUCACCAUGAGUCCUCGCCGUGUAAGAAGCGACGAGUGAUGGUGAAGUCGCCACGCCUCAGUGCCUUCAACAUUUUCUUUUUAGGGCCGGUUUCCUCCGCUGGCUUCAAAACAAGAUUAUUAUUUUUUCUUGAUGCGGAAGGAAACAUCUGCUGCUGCUCAACAACGUAUCAGUCACGCUUACGAUGCAGCUCGGCCAAGCAGGCAGGCGUCUUUUUAGUCGUUUUCACCGAGCCUUCUUGAGACGCCUUACUGUAAGUGCGAUGAUCGAUGCCUCACGCACGGCUGCUUAGUGGUCAGAUCACAUUAAAACCCAGAAGAACGUGCUCCGCAACACUAAGAGACAUUUAAGCCGGCUUUUAACAACAGCACGAGGAUCAUUUACCGCGUUCUUCCCAACGCAAACGUUGCACCGUUUGCUUUUUGGGGUUCUUCGUUUUGUCACGUAGAGCCUGGGUUUACCCAAGGACCGAGUUCAUGAGGUCAGUUCUGGGCUUUAGGAAAUGACACUACAUAAAUAAGCUGAAAGGAUGUAGCGGGAGUAGAUAGGAGCUUGUUUAUUUAUUGGCGAAACACUCGGAUACAAACUGUCAUAGUUUGCAUGCAUGUCAAAGAUUUACUUGCCUAUUUUGUGUGGUUAGAACAGUGGUGUCCAAAGUACGGCUCAGGGGCUUUAUACGCAUUUUUUAUUGUAUAGUGUAGAAAUGAAACAAAGGUAUCGGUAUUGAGAUAUGGUAUUAGAAAUUCUUUGCCUUGUCACCUGUAACACAAAGUUAAGAUGUUUUGUUCGGCUCGCUUAGCAUCUGUUGACCAACUUUGGAUUUUUUCUAGCAUAUUUAAUGUACAAAAUAUAUCAAAGUGUUUUUUGCUAACACUUUAGUAUGGGGAACAUAUUCACCUUUAAUGACUUGCUUAUUAAAGUAAUAAAUACUUAAUUUAGAGUCAUUUGGACACUAGGGGAACAUAUAAGGGUUAGGGUUACUAAUAAGCAAUAAUUCUGAGGUUAUUGAGAGAAGACUUUUAGUUAAUGUCCUACUGCUUGUAUAAUAAGGCCAUGCAGAAUAAGGCAUACUUAAUAAUGAGUAGUUAAGAGCCAAUAUGUUACUAAUUUGCAGGUUGAUAAACAACUAAUUAAUGGUGAAUAUGUGUUCCCCAUACUAAAGUGAUACUGACUUAAUUUAGUUAUGUGGACACUAGGGGAACAUAUAAGGUUUAGGGUUACUAAUUAGCAAUAAUUCUGAGGUUAUUGAGGGAAGACUCUUCGUUUGUGUCUUACUGCUUGUAUAAUAAGGCCAUGCAGAAUAAGUACUUAAUAAUGAAAUAUUUCAGAGCCAAUAUGUUGCAAUUUCCAUGUUAAAAAUAAACUAAUUAAUGGUGAAUAUGUUCCCCAUACUAAAGUGUCACACAUUUAAUUGAGAGUUAUUUGGACACUAGGGGAACAUAUAAGGGUUAGGGUUACUAAUAAGUACUAAUAGUACUGAUAAGCAAUAAUAAGACGCUUAGUUAAUGGCCUACUGCUUGUAUAAUAAGGUCAUGCAGUAUAGGGCAUUAAUAAGUACUUAAUAAUGACUAAUUAAGAGCCGAUAUGUUACAAAUUUGCCUGUUAAUAAGUAACUAAUUGACUCUUAGUUAAUGGCUUACUGGUUGUAUAAUAAGGCCAUGCAGAAUAAGGUAUGAAUAAGUACUUAAUAAUGACUAAUUAAGAGCCAAUAUGUUACUAAUUUGCAUGUUGAUAAGCAACUAAUUAAUGGUGAAUAUGUGUUCCCCAUACUAAAGUGUUACCGACCUAAUUUAGGGAUAUUUGGACACUAGGGAACAUAUAAGGGUUAGGGUUACUAAUAAGCAUGCAGAAUAAGGCAUUAAUAAGUACUUAAUAUUGAAUAAUUAAGAGCCAGUAUGUUACUAAUUUGCAGGUUGAUAAACAACUAAUUAAUGGUGAAUAUUUGUUCCCCAUACUAAAGUGAUACUGACUUAAUUUAGUUAUUUGGACACUAGGGGAACAUAUAAAAUUUAGGGUUACUAAUUAGCAAUAAUUCUGAGGUUAUUGAGGGAAGACUUCGUUAGUGUCUUACUGCUUGUAUAAUAAGGCCAUGCAGAAUAAGGCAUUAAUAAGUACUUAAUAAUGACAUAUUUCCGAGCCAAUAUGUUGCAAUUUGCAGGUUAAAAAUAAACUAAUUAAUGGUGAAUAUUUCCCCCAUACUAAAGUGUUACACAUUUAAUUGAGAGUUAUUUGGACACUAGGGGAACAUAUAAGCGUUACUAAUAAGUACUGAUAAGCAAUAAUUCUGAGGUUAUUGAGGGAAGACUCUUAGUUGAUGGUCUACUGCUUGUAUAAUAAGGCCAUGCAGUAUAAGGCAUUAGUAAGUACUUAAUAAUGACUAAUUAAGAGCCGAUAUGUUACGAAUUUGCAUGUUAAUAAGUAACUAAUUGACUCUUAGUUAAUGGCUAAAUGGUUGUAUAAUAAGGCCAUGCAGAGUAAGGCAUUAAUAAGUACUUAAUAAUGACAUAUUUCAGAGCCAAUAUGUUGCAAUUUGCAGGUUAAAAAGAAACUAAUUAAUGGUGAAUAUGUUCCCCAUACUAAAGUGUUACACAUUUAAUUGAGAGUUAUUUGGACCUUAGGGGAACCUAUAAGGGUUAGGGUUACUAAUAAGUACUAAUAGUACUGAUAAGCAAUAAUAAGACGCUUAGUUAAUGGCCUACUGCUUGUAUAAUAAGGCCAUGCUGUAUAAGGCAUUAAUAAGUACUUAAUAAUGACUAAUUAAGAGCUGAUAUGUUACGAAUUUGCAUGUUAAUAAGUAACUAAUUGACUCUUAGUUAAUGGAUUACUGGUUGUAUAAUAAGGCCAUGCAGAAUAAGGCACGAAUAAGUACUUAAUAAUGACUAAUUAAGAGCCAAUAUGUUACUAAUGUGCAUGUUGAUAAGCAACUAAUUAAUGGUGAAUAUGUGUUCCCCAUACUAAAGUGUUACUGAGCUAAUUUAGGGAUAUUUGGACACUAGGGAACAUAUAAGGGUUAGGAUUACUAAUAAGCAUGCAGAAUAAGGCAUUAAUAAGUACUUAAUAAUGAAUAAUUAAGAGCCAGUAUGUUACUAAUUUGCAGGUUGAUAAACAACUAAUUAAUGGUGAAUAUUUGUUCCCCAUACUAAAGUGAUACUGACUUAAUUUAGUUAUUUGGACACUAGGGGAACAUAUAAAAUUUAGGGUUACUAAUUAGCAAUAAUUCUGAGGUUAUUGAGGAAAGACUCUUCGUUUGUGUCUUAUUGCUUGUAUAGAAAGGCCAUGCAGAAUAAGGGAUUAAUAAGUACUUAAUAAUGACAUAUUAAGAGCCGAUAUGUUACAAAUGUGCAUGUUAAUAAGUAACUAAUUGACUCUUAGUUAAUGGCUAAAUGGUUGUAUAAUAAGGCCAUGCAGAAUAAGGCAUUAAUAAGUACUUAAUAAUUACAUAUUUCAGAGCCAAUAUGUUGCAAUUUGCAGGUUAAAAAUAAACUAAUUAAUGGUGAAUAUAUUCCCCAUACUAUAGUGUUACACAUUUAAUUGAGAGUUAUUUGGACACUAGGGGAACCUAUAAGGGUUAGGGUUACCAAUAAGUACUAAUAGUACUGAUAAGCAAUAAUUCUGAGGUUAUUGAGGGAAGACUCUUAGUUAAUGGCCUACUGCUUGUAUAAUAAGGCCAUGCUGUAUAAGGCAUUAAUAAGUACUUAAUAAUGACUAAUUAAGAGCCGAUAUGUUACGAAUUUGCAUGUUAAUAAGUAACUAAUUGACUCUUAGUUAAUGGAUUACUGGUUGUAUAAUUAGGCCAUGCAGAAUAAGGCAUGAAUAAGUACUUAAUAAUGACUAAUUAAGAGCCAAUAUGUUACUAAUUUGCAUGUUGAUAAGCAACUAAUUAAUGGUGAGUAUGUUUUCCCAUACUAAAGUGUUACCGACCUAAUUUAGGGAUAUUUGGACACUAGGGAACAUAUAAGGGUUAGGCUUACUAAUAAGCAAUGAUUCUGAUGUUAUUGAGGGAAGACUUUUAGUUAGUGGCUUGCUGCA